AUGCUUGUUAUGAGUUGUCCAUCCACAACCAAUGAGCCAGAGAGCUGCAGCAGCGAGGGAAGCAGCUGCACCACCUCCUCCAUCGCCACCUCUGACCCUUCCUCUAUGUCCGGACACACUAACACCACCCUACCUUCCCUCAGCGACGACCCUGACUCCUCUAAACAUGAAUCUCCCCCACCUCCUCCCCGGCCGCCCCCACCUCCGCCCCCUCCACCACCAGCGACUACCUCCACCAACCACAACGCGAGGAAGAAGCGCCGCGUCCGCAGCUUCUUCUGGAAGCCGAUACCGGAGGAGAAGGUACGUGGGAAGCCCAACAUCUGGACGAUGUCGGUGCGGCAGCAGCAGUACCAGAUUGAUGUUCGCUCGGUGGAGGAGCUCUUCGGGCAGCAAGAGGAGGCGAUGAGAGGUGUACGGGGGGCCACGCCGGCUUCUGGAGCCUCAACUGGUGUCUCCAGGUCUCGCUCCUUUAAGGAGAGCAGCAAGGACGAGAUCAGCAUCCUUGACUCCAAAAGAGGGAUGAAUGUGGGCAUUUUCUUAAAGCAGUUCAAGAAAUCCAACCUCUCAAUUGUUGAAGACAUACGAAAAGGAGAAGGAAAGACUUAUGGAGCAGAGCUGCUCAAAGACCUGCUGAAGCUCCUGCCUGACGUAGAGGAGAUUAAGAAACUCAGGGCGUAUAAAGGAGACCCAGACAAGCUGACACUGGUUGAUUCCUUUAUGUUCCUCCUGAUCCAGGUGCCUCAGUUUGAGGUUCGGAUCGAGGCCAUUGUCCUCCGCGAGGAGUUCUUCCCUUCGUGUGCUGUAAUGAGCCGUGACAUCGAUGUCAUCCGCGUCGCCACUAAAGAGCUGAUGAGCUGUGAGGACCUGCAUGCCAUUCUGCAUCUGGUGCUGCAGGCCGGAAACAUUAUGAACGCUGGCGGCUACGCAGGAAAUGCUGUUGGCUUCAAGCUGUCAUCUCUCCUUUCAUUGGCCGACACCAAGGCCAACAAACCGGGGAUGAACCUUCUGCACUUUGUCGCCAUGGAAGCCAAGAAAAAAGACGAGAAGCUGCUCAAAUUCCAUGAGAAACUCCAGGAUGUCCAGAGCGCAGCAAGAAUCUCAGUGGAAAACAUCGAAGCGGAGUUUACCUCCUUGUAUGUUCGGAUUAAAUCCCUUGAAGAGAAGGUUCAAGGAGACCCGGAGCUACUGCAGCAGCUGGAGCCCUUUCUGCAGAGUUCAGCACUGACGCUGCAGGACCUGAAGAGACGCAGGUUGGAUCUGCGAAAAGAGGGGAACGCUCUCAUUGACUUCUUCUGUGAAGACAAGGACACCUUCAAGCUGGACGAGGGCUUCCGCAUCUUUCAAGACUUCUGCAUCAAGUUCAAGAAAGCUGUCAAGGACAACUCAGACCGUGAGUUGAAGGAAGCAGCCAGACAGCGCCGCCUGCGAGAGUUGGAGGAGAAGCGCUUCGCCUGGUCGGAUGCAGAUCAGAGCGGUGGGUUUGGUCGCAGCAGCAGUGAGAACGACGUGGAGAUGCUCACCAAGGAAGGCCUGCUGGACUUCUUCCAGCAGAGGUCUCAGAGUCCACACAGCCCGCUGGGACGCUCCGCCAGCGCCCGUCGCCAUCGCCACACCAUGACCUCCAUAGCAGACCGAGAUCUCAAAGGAUACCUGGAGCUAUUCGGGGGUGCUGGGAAUCCAACUGACUACUCAAAGUUUAACAGCCUACCUCGGUCAGGCCGCGACGUGCAGCGGAAGACGACCCCCUGGAUCUUAGCCCAGGUUGACAACCGCGAGCUGGGCUGCGACAGACAGGUGACGCCCCCCCGUGCAGAAACUGAGCCCAUCAGCCCUCUGGCUAGGUAUUCCUCCUCUGGGAUAAACAAUAACGUACCCUACAACAACAAUAACUGCUCAUCCAUAUCAGAAGGCAGCGCUCUGCCUCGUCCCUAUUGUGUCUUUCAGACGCCCGCCCUUCUUCCCAACCCAAAUAUCACUGGCCACAUGAAUAUCAGUGUGGAGAAACACACUUUAGUUCAAGGUCCUCAACCUUUUGACUUACCUAGUCCCAACAAUAACAGUAAUCAUACGCACUUUGUCAACGAGGGGGAAAUGGUGGUGACUGAUUUGGAGAAGGAAAGACAGACACCGCCCUCAAAUCUGAACCUACACCUACCUGAUACAGUUUUAGAAAGAGGAGCCUAUCCCAAGGCAGCCUGGGGAGGAAAAAUUGAUCUUCCCACACAGGCUGGAAUCUCUCCUGAGGGAGAGAAAGAAGAGGAGGACAACAGCACAGUGUCAUCAACAACCUGUGACACACCCCUCCCCCUGGAUACCUCUGAAUCCAAUAAGAAACCAUUGUUUUACAUAGUAGACUGCACAGAAACAGACUGCUCCGUCACCUCUGAUUACUCUGAGGUUGAUAGCUCGUCUCUAACGAAAGAGGGACUUUAUUGCAGGACGUCCGACGCCAGGAGAUCUGACCAGCAGAACCAGCAGGAUAAAUGCUCUCUGUCCUCUAAUUUAGAGUCUAUGUCUCCCAAACACCAGGCGACCAAUGAACUGUCAAAAUCUGUUGACACAGCGCCCAUGAAUUUAUCUGCUACCACAGAAGAGUGGGACACAGAGAGCUGUGACACCGCAGAGGGGAAACAAGUUGCGGAGAAAGAGGUGCAGGAAAGCAGCAAAAAACCAGCACAAACAAAGAGCAAAGCUAUCAAAGCGACCCGGAGCAAGAGCAGUGUUCGGACGCUGAACAGCAGUGAAAGCCAGGGCAUGAGGAAGGUGGUGCCCAUCUGCAAGCCCACAGGGUCAGGAAGUAGCAAGAGAACAGAGAAACCUGCAGCGCUCACCAGUGGAGAGUCAAGCCGGCCUCUUCGUGACCAGAGCACCCCGGUGAGAGGAAGGAGCGAGAAGACCACAAGACCUCCUCGCCACUCCAGCCUGCCUCCGGAGGAGUCAAAAGCUCCAAGAGGAAGCAGCCUCACAGGCGGCCUUUCGAGGUGGGCAAGAGAUUUGACUCCUAGAAAGGCCUCCAUCCACAAGCCCAGCGCCAAACCUGUGAGGAACAUCCCUAAGCCUCCACCUGAGGAGAAGAUGUGCCGCUCCACCAUGAGAGCCCUGGCUCAGGCUCAAGCUCAAGCUCAGGCUAAAGGUGGAGCGUCCCCUGAGAACAGCAACUGUCACACGCUCAUCACAAAGAACACAUCCGAUCUCCCAAACUUUGCCCGCAACACUGUAGCCUCCACGUCCAGGACCAAGAUGGAGCUGCCAACCCCGUCUGUGCCCUCCACCCCGUCUCGCAGCCCCUCUCUUCGGGGUCGGCAAACCCCGGUGAAGCAGAACAGGUCGUCCCCAACAGUUCACACCAGCGGGGAGCGGACACAGGGGACCAGCUUGAGACGGGUGCAAAGUGUGAAAGCUAGCAGUCGCAGCGCAUACCGCAGCCAGACCCCCCCGCCUCCUACUGCGAGAGAAGAUACUCGUAAGACUAGUAUCAUUUCUGAAAAGUCGGUCCAGGCGAGAGACUCACUGACGCCCAGCAGAGGUGCUAAACCAAGCUGGAAGUAAAACAAACUGACUGCAGAAAGAGAGACUGUCUCCCUGAGUUUUAAAAUAUAAAUGGAUCUUUUGCUUCUACAGUGCAGGUCUUCUCCUCUCAUAUCAUGCAAAGGACAGGAAUCAGAAAAAUAUUUUAAGCUAUCACUCCUUAAGGUUCCUCCCGUAGCUUAAUCUGUGUCAGGUUUAUGAAUUGCAAAGAGCAAGAUGCAAUGAACUGCUCCACAUGUUCCUGUUUUGUUGCUUUAAUUUUUGCAACUUCCCUUUUUUUUCUGAGGAGGGACGUUACCUAAAUUGACAAAAGGCAAAUUGGAAGUUCACACAGGAGCCUCUUUGCCUGCUUAGCUGUCUUAGUGACUGUAUAUGCUGGUGUCUGCGAUGAUGUUGAACUGUACUGACAAUACGAUGCUGCUAUUUAGCUCCGACAAUUUGAAACUGCGUGUCAGUUUCCGUUUCAUUCAGGGUUACAAGAUUUGUUGUACCUUACCUUGCUGCUGUUUUGGUGUCUUUUAGUUUGGCUGUGUCCUCCUGUAGAAUAUUGCUCCGUUUGCUUUUUGGUUCCUUUGCUUGAUACCUCAGAACGAUCGCAGUGGCCUUGUACCAGCAGAAAAAAGUAGAUAUAAUUAUUUGGCUCUGCAUGAUGAAGAUGUAGAUCUGAUUAAUCGGUUUAAACUGCAAUGUCACUUUUCACAAAUCCUCGGUAUAUUAAUGUUCAAUGUAUAACGUCACAGAUUAUAAGCCAGUGUAUAUCAACUGUGGUACUUGUUGUACCUCUUGUAUGUAUGUGUCCGUAGAUUGUAAAUGUGUUAGAAGUCCUCCAUAUUAUCUUGGAGCAGAUGUGCACGUAGGAGAUGUUUCCUGUAUGCUGUAGGCUAAUACACGUCAACGCUAAUGCUUUGAAGAAAAAGCAUUGAACACGCCUGAAACUCCACUGAAGUAAUCAUCAUCAUGUGAUUGUUGGACACUAAUGGUCCACUGUGAAUGUAGUCAUCUCACUUUCUCUAGGCCUUGCAAAAACAAUUGCUCAUAAUUUAUCCCAGCCUCUGCAUGCCUCUUAUAUCAUUUGUCCACUCAAGUCACAGAGCCGCCAUUAUUUGGGGUCACUUCAAAACGUACCUGUUUAAAAAGUAUUUAUCAUAAUCUGUUAAGACAAGUCAAAUCUUUUUUUUACAGAAUAAAAUCAUCAUUUUUUGGGGCGUUAUCCCAACAAUUACAUUUGAAUCACAAGAAUAAUAUAAACAUUUUUUUUUAUAUGGAAAUAAUUCAAUGUUAUUCAAUAUGGACUUUUAACCGUUAAAAGUUAUAGAUUUGGUUUCAUGUUGUACAAAUUGAGCAUUAAGGUAUAUAUUUUUAAACUACCCCUUUUGUUUUUGCAAAAUGAUGCAAUGUACACUUCCUAAAGUUGUGCAAAUGUUUCAUAAUCCAAAGUAGAAAUUACGCGUUCCUAAUCAAUUUGUUAGAUAUGAAACAAAAUGAAAUAUUUUAGAAUUUAUAUUUACCUUUUAUUUUCAUACAGAAAACCUUGUUCAUAUGUUUCCUUGCCGGCUUCCUGGAUGGCAAUUUGGGAUAAAAAUGUCUUUUUUUCAUCAUAUAACAUAAGGAAUCUUUUAUUUUGGAACGUCUCUUUUCGAUUUUAAACAGCCUUUUUAGCUUUUCAGUAAUUGUAUUUUCUUUUGGGUUAACAAAAGUGCUUUGUGACUUGAGUGUUACGGUUAUAAGAGGCACAAACCUGGACUAAAUGUUGCCCUUUAGACCAUUUCACACCACUUGCCUUUCAAUCUGCAUUGUGCCAUUGCCUCGAUGGCAGCAACACUCUCAACACUGCAUUGCCUUAAAGCUAAAUGUAGCCGAACAUCUCCGGUAGAAACUCUUUGAUUGUAUAAGUUUUCCGUUUUCUACAUUUCAUCACACCGAGCUGUAACCGCGCUGGUAAGUGAUACACUUUGUACAUAAUGUAAAGACAUAGUAUUUUUCUGACUAUCGAUAUGUUUACAUAGCAUUAAAAAACAAUGAAGGGUAUAACAUUGACGUAUGUGAUUGCACAGCUGUUUUAAAGCGUCCAGAUCUCACAUCAGAUGCUGACCUGCACUGUGUUGGCAUGCGCUCGGUGUCUUCCUUUUCCUUGUGGUGCAAAUGAAGCCGAUGAUCCGAUGACACAAAAGAGCCAGUGUGACGUGCCGCUGUGUGUGUGGCCCGCAUGGAGACUACAUUUAAAACCCUUUGUAAAGUAAUGGAGGGUUUCAACUAAGGACUGCUUUCAUUAUCGAUCAACCUGACAAAUCCUUGUUAGUUAUUUAUUAAAAAGCCAGAAAGACAGACCCUCCUAAAGCCCAGGUAGACAGCUUCUAAACGCUUUUUAUACCAAUACACAAAUGAAACACAGAACAUUACUUCACAAUCAUGUAAAGAAUUUGAAGAAAAUUAAGUUGCAUGAUUGUUGGGUGUCAUUUUUAAUCGGAAUGAUCAUUCGAUGUAUCAAAUAAUUCAGCUCCAAAGUAAUGAAUCCUGCAUAUAGCCUGUAUUCGUCUGGGAAGGAUUCCGCUCAAGACUUCUCACUGCCUUUCAGACACAAUUAAACACAUCUGUAAUUAAAUCAUUAAAAUCACCUUGGAAACGGGAGUUUACCAUGCUUUAGUGCUCUGAACGCAAAACUGAUUUAUGGUCCCAAGUUAAGAUUGGAAUUUAGAUAUUUAAAUGUAAAUCCAAUUAUAAACUAUCUGUUAGAUUGUUGAAAAUAAUGUCCAUUUUAAAAGUGUAUAAACCAUGCAAACAGAGACUUCAAACCGAGUAAAAAUGUGUCUUUAGUAUAAAUAACAUUUUAUUUGUCUCAUGUUUAAUUAUGGAACAUUUCUUUAAACAUUGAGCAUUAUGAUUGGGCUGUUCAAAAAAAAACAACAAAAAAAACCACAAACUUUUCAACACUACUAUUCAACAACUUUUUCUCCAAAUUCUCUCCCGCUCUCUGUCUCUCCUCUCAGUCUCAUCCUUUGUGUAUCCCACAAUGCCCCCUGCUGCCACCUUUAACAGCCCCAGGCUUUACAAUUACAAUGGCUGCCCUUUACAUUUCGUCCCACUGCCUCAGAGUAGCAGAGCCGCUGAGGAAUUUGAAUACUCACUCUUCCUCUUCGCCACAACUUCCCUGUUACAGGAUGGUUUCUAUAGUAACAGUCCCAACAUCCAUUACCAUUUCUGACUGAAGGCCCUGUAAACCAGAAAGGUCAAUGCUGUCUGCAAACGUUUGUAACAUGGUUUUGUUUCAAGUCACUCGCCCCAAACCUGCUUACAGUACUGGAUGUGACCUUAUGUUAUUUAAAGUUCAUAUUUUUUUAGCCCAUUACCUGCAGAAUGUCUGAUUCUCCAGUCAUCUGAACGUUAUUUCCAUACAUUUCAUUAUUUGUGCAUCUGUUUUGGCAUCGUCUACCUCCAAGGACAUCUUUUGUAUGCUGGAAAGGAAUGACAAGUGUUUUGUUUUUUUCUUCUCAUUGAACACAUUAGGCGAUUUCUCUACCUGGUCUAUUAAAAUCUGAAGCCUCACAUGGAUUAAGGAAGAGACUGAUCACUACAGCACCGGGCUGCACAUUGUGACUUUACUGCAGUUUUGAUUUCUGAUGAUGACAUCCAAGAAAUAAAUACAAAUCACAUGUUGCUGUGUAAACUGAAAACGAGUCCUUGGUGUUUCUAUGAAAAUGAAUUUGCUUGUUAUGUUCACUGUGUGAUGAAGUGAUACCAGGACAAGAGAUGACACGUUAAAGGACAAAUGAAUACCUAAAGGAGAUUAAAACAUGUGAAAAAAAAAACAUAUGACCCAGAAGGUUGUCUAUUUAAAAGAGCUGGUUUUCUGCUGU